GGGAGAGGAAAUCCUAAGGAAAUGUGUGGGAUCACGCUCGGUGUUUCCAAGCAGCCUGGGCUUUAUUGACACACCAGUUUCACCGUGUGACGGCUAGUUGGUGGUGCGGACCGAUCGUCCGAUACAAACACGGGUGCGGUGACCGACAAGUAAAGGGGGGGAAGCGGGGAAGCGUUAGGUCAAAAUGUCGAUCCAGUACGAGGUGGAACAGCUGGCUGACAGCUACGGGGUGGCGGACUCCUUCCCCAAAGACUUCGGCUAUGGUGAAGAGGAGGCCGACAUCGAGGACAGCCCGGCGCCGUCCGACAGCAAGCCGAGGAUCCUGCUCAUGGGGCUGAGGAGAAGCGGCAAGUCAUCCAUCCAGAAGGUGGUGUUCCACAAAAUGUCUCCCAACGAGACCUUGUUCUUGGAGAGCACCAACAAGAUCUACAAGGACGACAUCUCCAGCAGCUCCUUCGUCAACUUCCAGAUUUGGGACUUCCCGGGUCAGGUGGACUUCUUCGACCCCACCUUCGACUACGAGAUGAUCUUCAGAGGAACCGGGGCUUUGAUAUUUGUCAUCGAUGCUCAGGAUGAUUAUGUGGAGGCCCUGGGCAGGCUUCACCUCACCGUGUCGCGGGCCUACAGAGUCAACCCAGAGAUCAACUUCGAGGUGUUUAUCCACAAAGUGGACGGCCUCUCAGACGACCACAAGAUCGAGACCCAGAGGGACAUUCAUCAGAGAGCCAACGACGACCUGGCAGACGCCAGCUUAGAAAAACUGCAUCUAAGCUUUUACUUGACGAGUAUCUACGACCACUCCAUCUUCGAGGCCUUCAGCAAAGUGGUGCAGAAGCUCAUCCCUCAGCUGCCCACACUGGAGAACCUCCUAAACAUCUUCAUUUCUAAUUCAGGGAUCGAGAAGGCUUUUCUGUUUGACGUGGUCAGUAAGAUCUACAUCGCCACAGACAGUUCUCCUGUAGACAUGCAGUCCUACGAGCUGUGCUGCGACAUGAUCGACGUGGUCAUCGACGUCUCCUGCAUCUACGGUCUGAGGGAGGACGGCAGCGGCAGCGCCUACGACAAGGAGUCCAUGGCCAUCAUCAAGCUCAACAACACCACUGUGCUCUACCUGAAAGAGGUCACCAGGUUCCUGGCCCUUGUCUGCAUCCUGAGAGAAGAAAGCUUCGAGCGCAAAGGAUUAAUAGACUACAACUUCCACUGUUUCCGGAAGGCCAUCCAUGAAGUAUUCGAGGUGGGCGUGUCCACCCAGCGUCCAGCGGGCACCAACGCGGUGGGCUCGCCCUGCACCAAGGCCGUCGCACUGAACGGCACGCCGCGAAACACCGUCUAAACACUGAUGCAAAACAAAAAAAAACAAAAAGAGGCAAAAAGAGGGGAGAGGAAAGGAAAGAUGGAGAAGGGCCAGAGAGCCUGUAGAGGAGAGACUACUAAACUGGGGCUCAGCGGCGCUCCCACCACAAUCCCUUGCUCCCCAGCACCCAAAGUACUGUGAGACGGCUUCAGCCAAGAGUGUGUGAGACAGCACCGGGGGGUCAGGCUUCUCAGGCUGGGAGAGACGGAAGGGAAAUUUAAAAGCAUUAGUUUCAGGUGAAUGCUACGGCACCGCGUUGGCUGUGAGGACGUCAAAGAGAGGGAAACGUGCACCUGGACAGGAAGCGGUUCAGGAACUUUCUUUGGAUUUCCCAAAGCGGUCAAAGACUGUGAUAACUCGCUGCUGGUCCCACUAAAUGAACAAUGUGUGGUGGGAAAAAAAAACAGACCCGUGUUGUAACAAACUGAGAUGUCAGUUUGCAGGAAUCUGUCUCGUGAUGAACCCGCCCCGACCACUUCUGUGCUGAUUUAAAAAAUGAAAAAAAAGAUUUAAAAAAAAAAAGGUGGAUGUGAACUGCUAGUCCUAACCCACACAUGUUCAGAGAUGGCCUUAUGUAGAUGAAGCUUGUCUGCAGUGCAAGCUUUCUCUCACCACCACUCACCUCACCCUACCUGAAUGCUGCCCGAAACUCGCUUUUUGGUUUCACUCGUGAAGGGAAAACAAGGUUUUCUGAGCAGACUGAAAAGGGAUUGUGCUGUCCAUCUAACUUGGUCUUGUGUGUAUGUGUGUAUGCAGGUAUAUAUGUAUGUAUGUAUGUAUGAGUGAGUGUAUGUGUGUGUGUCAGUGAAAGGUUUUGAUUAGAUCCCAAACUGGGACCUUUACAGAAAGAGUUUAUGUCCAUCUCAAUAACAGCAGCUUAGCGUAAUUAAACUCUUUUCAAUCGGUGAAAGUAACUUUUCUGUGUGUGUGUUCCACUGGAAAUCAGAGUUUUUGAUUGACUUUAUGAUAGGUUGUAAAAAAAAAAAAAAGGUUUGGUUGGACAAUUUGGAAAUGAUCUUUGCAAAAGCACUGCCAAAAUUAGUUAAAUGACUCAGAAAUAGUAAAAUGAUGAACCUACGCCAUGUUUAAAAAGAUAACUUGUUGCCAUUUAAAGAAGAAAUGCAUUAGGAUGAGAAGCAGGACUGAUGGAGGAACGAGACGUUUUUGGGAUGAUGAUGAUAAUAUGAGUCGAUUCAAAUGUGCAUGUUUUCCUUUUUUUUCCACCUACAGUUUCAGUCCUGCCCUAAAUUAUUAAUCCAUGUUUUGUGUUUUCUUUGGCUCUGUUCAGCAGGAUUCACAAGAACAAAAUGUACUCAUUCCAAGCAUGCAUACAGCGUCGUGUUGUCAGCUUGUAUCGUCAAUUAAACGGAUAAAACGAUGAAGGAAAAAGACCAAAUUUCAUUACUUUUGUGACACACAACAUGUUCAUGCCUGUUUGCUUCUAUCAGGAGUGAGAUGUGGGAACUCUGUCUGCAUCUCUAAAACCAGGCACCUGACUCACGAGGCAGGGUUAACAUGGUAUCUUGGUACAUUUGCUGAGUAAAAAAAACCCGUAAAAUCAUCCAAAUCAUGUUCCAGAUUUGGUGAUGUUUUCAGAUUUUACUCAGCAGCGUUUCUCCUGUAACUCUGUGAUCUUGUUUCUUGAAUCGGGCCCCGAGAUCUUCUCAACCUUAUCAGUCACCUGAAAAUACAACAAGACACUUGCACAUCAGAACUGUGAUGGAUGAUUGAUUUCAUGUAUUGUGAUGCUAUACUAUGUGGAAUAAAUGAAAAUUUAAAUUUU